GCUUAGGCCGAACUCCAUGGACCCGGCUUGACCCCGACUCUCAUAUUAAUUGAGCUCCAGGGAAAAGAAGGAAAAGGAAAGAGGGGAAGCGGAGCUCCCGGUCAUGGCGAAUUCCGACCCUGAUAAGCUUAUGAUCAAAGCCGAUAAACUAACAAAACUCAGUUUUACCAGAUGGAGUGCAGAUUGGAGGACUGCAACCUCAUUGUAUGAGCAAGCUGCUAUUGGCUACAGGUUCAGGAAAGACAAUGAGAAAGCAAAAGAAGCAUUUGAGAAGGCUUCCAAAGGACAAGAAAUGAUUUCAUCGCCUUGGGAUGCUGCCAAGCAUAUGGAGUCUGCUGCUGCUCUAGCAAAGGAACUUGGUCGUUGGAAUGAAGUUUCUGAUCAUUACAGAAGGGCGUCUGAAUUAUAUAUUGAAUGUGGAAGAUCACAGCCUGCUUCAGACGGUCUUGCAAAGGCUGCUAGGGCUUUGGAAGAUGUGGCACCUGAUGAAGCUGUUCGGUUGUAUACUGAUGCUUGUGUAGUCUUGGAAGAGGAUGGAAAGGAGCAAAUGGCUUUUGAUUUAUAUCGUGCUGCCACAAGUAUUCAUGUUAAACUUGAAAGGUAUACCGAUGCUGCAACAUUUCUCUUAAAAUGGGGUGUAGCUGCUGAUAAGUGCAAUGCCAUCAACAGUCAGUGCAAGGUGCUACUUGCUUAUUUGAGUGCUAUCAUAGUUUACCUUUAUGCACAUGAUUUCCAGCAAGCUCAGAAGUGCUACAAUGAUUGUUCUCAAAUUGAAGUCUUUCUUAAUAGUGAUCAGAACCGUUGUGCAAGCAAACUGUUAUCUGCUUAUGAGGAAGGUGAUGCCGAAGAAAUCAAACAUGUUGCUAAGUCGAGCACAAUUUCAAAUCUUGAUCAUGUGCCAUUGCCAACAUAUAUGUGCAACACAUUGCGUAGAAGAGCUGCAUGAUGACCUACAAACUAAUUAAGUGAAGAAGCAGAUUGGAUGCUUCAAUGUAUAGUCAGCAAUGAGGAGUUAGUGGAGGAUCCACAUGCAGGAGCCCUUAUAUUCAUCAAUCAACCUACCUUGCUGUCAGGGACGUGAGUGAGAGUUAGGAUAACUUCGAUGAAAUUGUAACCAAAUGAUUGAUCAAUUGAGUGAAUGUGCAUGAAUUUGUGUGUUUGUCUGUGUGUGUGAGAGAGAGAGAGAGACCCAUACGCAAGUCUGAAUACUUAUAUGAUUCAUGAUCUGUUUAAUUUUGUC